GGACUUGAAGUUGGGAGAAUCCUGGGUUGUCUUGAUGAUUGUUCAAGCGUCUAGUAGUUGUGUGACCUGAGACAAGUAACAAUGUCUUCAAGACUGUGUCCUCAAAGCACUUUUGGUACUUACUGUCCACUGCAAAAGUUGAAGGUGGUAUUGGGGGUAAAGCAUCAUGCAAACGUCUGGUUAAUUUUAGUACUAGUGACACAAGGACCAAAGGAAAAGCCUUGAAGUCGGCUUCCCUUAUACGUACUCUGGACCGGACGUGUAGAGGUCCAAGGUCUCAGGUCCCACCCGGACAAACGUGCGAGAUUGGCUAGAACUGGCAAACGUCACUUCCGUCAGCAAGGAGGAAGUGCAAUCUUCAAGGGGGCCGCAAGCAUGAAUACAAACAAUGACAAAGAUACGGGCCGGCUGCGGCGACGACCGGGUGUCGGCGUCGGGGUCGUGAUCACGAGCUCCAAACACCCUCAAUGUGUUCUUCUGGGGAAGAGGAAAGGGUCCGUUGGUGCCGGCACUUUCCAGCUUCCCGGGGGUCACUUGGAGUUUGGUGAAAGCUGGGAAGAAUGUGCUGAGAGGGAAACCUUGGAAGAAGCUGCUCUUCACCUGAAAAAUAUUCGCUUUGCUUCUGUGGUCAAUUCUGUCAGUGAAGAGGAUGAUUACCAUUAUGUCACUAUAUUGAUGAAAGGAGAGGUAGACACGACUUACGAUUCAGAGCCAAAGAACAUAGAACCUGAAAAAAAUGAAAGUUGGGAUUGGGUUCCAUGGGAAGAUUUCCCUCCACUAGACCAGCUUUUCUGGGCUUUGCGCUGUUUAAGAGAACAAGGUUACAAUCCUUUUAAAGAAGAAUUGAGUCAUCUAAUGGGCUAUAAAGGAAAUCAUCAGUAGAUCAUCUGCACAUCAAUCAGUUCUUUUUAAUAAGUAAAGUCAAAGAGUAUUUAAAAAAAACCUCCCAUGUUUUAGAAAACAAUGAAGCUUUGAAUAAAAGAUCAGUAAUUAACUUAUUCUGGUAGCAAAGUAAGUAAGGGAGGCAACAUGGAAGUAGACAGAGAGUUGGCCUCAGAACGUGGAAGACUUGGAUUCAACCAUUUUCAGGGUAGUGGCUGUUUGCUACCUUAGAAUGUACACCUUACAUUAGGAAUAGAGACUGGAACUGCAUGGUCUGUCACUAGGACCUCUCCCAAGAAAACUUACCCCCUCCCCGCAGCAGGGCAGGUUAGCACCUCCUCUAGUGUAGUUUCUGAAAGUUGCCUAGAACUUACCAGUGGGUCACACUUCUGAGAAGUGUUUGUUAGAUAUUGCACUUGAACCCAAGUCUGUAAAAGGAGUCUAUGGUCCUGUGAUCAGAUUCAUGGAAAGCUGUUCCUCCCACUGAACACAGGAAAAUGAUGUCUCAGGAAAUUGACUCUACAGUUUUAAAAUAUCACCAAGGCAGGAUUUUGUGGCUGUGAGGAAAGCAGUUCCUGCACGAGAACAGGACCUGAGCCACAGACAAAAGGGACCUUGUUUCUGAGAUGAUUAGAAUUUGAACCUUAAACUAGGGACGAACUAGCAAAAAACCAAUGAUCUACUCUGGUGUUUUUCAAAAUGUGUUCCAUGAAAUGUUGGUGCUCUGCAUAGAAGCCCAACAAGCUAUACUGGGAAGAUUAUAACGGUGGACAAACAGGCCCAGCUAAUUACUCAUUUUGCUGUGUCAAUUUCCCAUAAAAUGUACAUUUAAUCAUUGUGAAGAACCAUUGUAUUUGGAUGAAAUAAAUCAUGUUACUAAAGUGUUAAGUUUUUAUUAGAAUAAAAUUAAUCAUUGAAUAUAAUAUUACUGAAUAUACCUAAUAAUAAUAGUGUAUGAAAAAUAAUCAGUGCCUGUUUAUUAUCUUUGGUGGGUUUUUUUAAACUUUUUUUUAAUAGUAAUUUCCAUUUUGAUUAUUAAAAUCAGGAAAUUUGAAAAUAUCAGCAAGGUGGCCCAGUAGAUAGAGUACUAGGCCUAGAAAUGAGAGGUUCUGAGUUCAAGUUUGACCUCAGACACUUCCUAGCUAUAUGACCCUAGGCAAGUCACUUAGCCCCAAUUGCCUAGCACUUUUACUGCUCAUCUGCCUUGGAACCAAUACUUAAUAUCAAUUCUAAGAUAGAACCAAAGGGUUAAAAAAAAACAAUAAGUAAAACUUAGCUCUGGACCUCACUGAAGAUUCCAGCUCUGUUACUAUAUAUCUGACUGUAGGCAAGUCAUGACAUCUCUGGGCCUUAUUCAGUUAUUAAAGAAGGGAUUAGCCUAGAUGCCUUCUGAAGUCUAUGUUCUUAUGAACUCUGAUGAUGAAGCAUACCACCACAAAACCAGUAGGAGCACCACAUUCCAAACAGAAGAAAUACAAGGGGAAUCCCACUUUACUUUUACCUGUGCUAAACCUUGGAGUGCCACUUCCCUGGUACUCAGUUUCUUCAUCUCUAAAGUGAGGAAAUUGGACCAGAUACCCUUUCAACUCUUCAUGUAUGAUUCCAUAAUUGCUUUCUCCAAAGUAGUUUUAUUUUGAAUUCCUUUGAUUCUGCAAAAUUAUAAAGGAAUUUAUGAAAUAAAACUCAAAAUUUAUAGGUGAAAAUAUUGUGAAAUAAUUCCAGAUUGCAGGAAAAUAAAGAUUGUGAAGUAUUUUAUAAGAUGAAGUGUUGCAUUUAAUGUCCUAAUUGUAAAACACUGUAGCAAACCAUUUCAUCUUUCUCUCUCAACAAGUUAUAUUAUAUUUACAAUAAAAUUAGUUUGACUAUGGUUCUUGUUUAAAUUAGCUUUGGGUUAUUUGGUCUCAUACAGGGCACAACCUCGUCUGUCUUCAUGCUUUAACAAAGGCUAUCUUCAAUGGUUGGAAUGUAUUCUCCUUACCUUCACCUCAUGAAAUACCUUGUUUCCUUCCAGGUUCUGAAGCACCACCUUAUAUAUCUACCACUUUCCCUUCCCUAGCUGGUCUUGGCUUCUCCCCCAAACUGCCUUGUUUUUAUUUGAAUGUCUUGUAUUUAUUUGUAUACAUGCACUCAUCCUCCAUUAGUGUUUUGUCUUUGUAUCUCCAAUACCAAACAAAGUGCACAUUGUAUUUAAUAAAUACGUGUUUAUUGAGAGA